AUGGCGCGGUUGCGCAAGGAGAGGGUGAGAGCUCGCUUAUCCCACACACCAUUUGAUUAUCCUAUUCGACCAUAUAGGAUGAGUUUGACUGACUACUUUGUCAGAGGAUCAGAGACUCGACCUCGUCUAGAGGAGAUUCAUAGUGUGGCUCAUACAGAUGGAGAGACCGAUCUUCAGCAUCUAUUUCACCAGCUACAGUUGAGUGAUGGGGGUCCUGACACUUCUUUCCCUUUGACGAUUACCCCCACGUCUCCAGAUCGAGCUAGCAUGUUGUCUUUAUGCUUUCCAGAGGAGAUCACUGGCGAUGGGGUGAUUGUUGAUCCUACUGAGAUUGCCGGCAUUGUUCAGCUUCAGCCUGUUUCAGCAUUUGAUAUGUUUGGGGUGUCUACCAUUGAGGUUUUUGAGGGGACUCAGACUCUUCCUGUUCCAGAGCUUCCAGAUGAUGAUAGUAGUUUGUUUGAGGGCAUUGUUAGCCCAGUUGAGGGAGCGUCCGACGUUGUGGACCCACCUCUUUCUUUUGAUGUUUUAUCGGGAUUUGUCUCCCGCUCUGACGAUGUUUCUGUUGCUUCAUUUAUGGAUUUGAGCAUUUUUGAGUAUUCGCCUGUCUCUUGUGAUAGUAUCUCUACAUCUGCACCUCACUCACCCAUUACACCGAUAUUUGAUAUAGAUGAUGAGAUUGCACAUCCCAGUUCGGAUAGGGACUCUUUUGAUCAUGACUCUGGUCCCAUAGAUGAGAGAGUUUCACCUGCUGCAGGGGACGUUGAGACUGUUGAUUUUGGCACGGAGGAUCAGCCUAGAGAGCUGAAGAUUGGUUCACCCCUAUCUACAGAUGAGAGAGAUAGACUCAUCCAUUUACUCAGGUCAUACUUGGAUGUCUUUGCGUGGUCUUAUGAGGACAUGCCAGGUCUUGAUCCCUCUAUAGUCCAGCACCAUUUACCUACCCUACCACAUGUUAGACCAGUUAAGCAGAAACUGAGACGGUUGCAUCCACAUUGGAGUCUACAGGUAAAAGAGGAGAUUCAGAAACAACUCAGUGUUGGGUUCAUAUCAGUAGUUGAGUAUCCAGAGUGGUUGGCUAAUGUCGUCCCUGUUCCCAAAAAGGAUGGCAAGGUUAGAGUUUGUGUCGAUUUCAGAGACCUUAAUAAAGCUAGCCCUAAGGAUGAUUUUCCCCUCCCACACAUUGAUUUGUUGGUUGAUGGCACCGCAGGCCAUUCGAUGUUGUCUUUCAUGGAUGGAUUCUCCGGGUAUAAUCAGAUUUUGAUGGCUCCAGAGGAUAUGGAGAAGACGGCCUUCAUUACCGAGUGGGGUACCUACUGUUACAGAGUUAUGCCAUUUGGGUUGAAAAACGCAGGAGCCACUUAUCAGAGAGCCGCUACCACUUUGUUUCAUGACAUGAUGCAUAGGGAUGUCGAGGUUUACGUGGAUGAUAUGAUUGUGAAAUCCCGAGGUAGAGCAGAUCACCUAGAUGCUUUAGAGAGAUUCUUUGAGAGGAUCCGGAAGUUUAGAUUGAGGUUGAAUCCCAAGAAGUGCACCUUUGGAGUGACUUCUGGGAAACUGUUGGGGCAUAUGGUCAGUGAUCGGGGCAUAGAGGUCGACCCAGAUAAAAUCAAAGCCAUACUUGACAUGCCUGUGCCGAGGACUGAGAAAGAGAUCAGGGGUUUUCUAGGCAGGUUACAGUAUAUUAGUCGUUUCAUAGCCAGAUUGACAGACGUAUGUGAGCCCAUCUUUCGUCUUUUGAGGAAGAAUCAGCCAACGGUUUGGAAUGACGGCUGCCAGAUUGCAUUUGAGAAGAUCAAGGAGUAUUUGCUUUCUCCUCCUAUUUUAGUGCCUCCUAUGCCAGGACGUCCACUUCUUCUAUAUUUGUCAGUUUCAGACAUGGCCUUGGGAUGCAUGUUAGCUCAGCUCGAUGACUCCGGGAAAGAGCGAGCAAUUUACUAUUUGAGUAAGAGGAUGCUGGAGUAUGAGAUGAGAUAUGUUAUGAUUGAGCGCAUGUGUUUAGCGUUAGUUUGGGCUACCAGGAGAUUGAGGCACUACAUGACUGAGUAUUCGGUGUGCUUGAUUUCUCGGUUAGAUCCUUUGAGGUAUCUGUUUGAUAGACCUGCAUUGACUGGUAGAUUGAUGAGAUGGCUCGUACUCCUGACAGAGUUUGAUAUUCAGUACGUUUCUCAGAAGUCUAUUAAGGGAAGUAUUGUUGCCGAUCAUUUGGCUUCAUUGCCGAUAUCUGAGGGUAGACCAGUUGAUGAUGAUUUUCCAGAUGAGGAGUUCAUUGCCAUGACUAGCUUAUCAGGUUGGCGCAUGUACUUCGAUGGUGCAGCCAAUCAGUCAGGGUAUGGGAUAGGUGUUCUAUUGGUAUCCCCUCAGGGUGAUCAUAUUUCGAGGUCCGUUCGUUUGGCAUUCUCUGAUCGACAUCCUGCCACGAAUAACAUAGUUGAGUAUGAGGCUUGUAUCCUUGGUUUAGAGACUGCACUGGAGCUUGACAUUAGACAGAUGGAGGUAUUUGGUGACUCCAAUCUAGUACUCAGGCAGAUUCAGGGGGAUUGGAAGACCAGGGAUGUGAAGCUUAGGCCAUAUCAUGCUUAUUUAGAGUUGUUGGUUACGAGAUUUGAUGACUUGAGAUAUGUUCAUCUGCCUAGAGCGCAAAACCGAUUUGCUGACGCCUUAGCUACCUUAGCUUCCUCCGUAGACAUUCCGAUUGAUGUAGUCAUACGUCCAUUGCUGAUUGAGUUGAGGUCUGCACCCGCCUAUUGUUGUUUGAUUGGAGAGACAGAGGUACAGGAUGACCUACCUUGGUAUCAUGACAUUUAUCAGUUCCUUAGAUAUGGCACAUACCCUGAGGUAGCCACUACCAAGGAUCGGAGAGCACUGAGGAAUUUGGCCACUAGAUUUGUGAUUUGUGGAGAUACCUUAUACAGGCGAUCAGCUGAUGAUAUGCUUCUAUUAUGUUUAGAUCGAGCCUCUGCAGAUCGAGUGAUGAGAGAGUGGGUGGAAGCCGCAUCAUAUGCGAGGUUGACAUCUGCUAGGGUUGCCAGUUUUAUCAGAUCACACAUCAUUUGCCGCUAUGGGGUUCCUCAUGAGUUGAUUUCCGACAGAGGGGUGCACUUCCGAGCUGAGGUAGAUACUUUGUUGCAGAAGUAUGCUAUCUGA